UUGGUGUUGAUAAAAGCAGACCACACUCAAAAAUCUUUGAUUCACCAUUCCAUUCUUCUUAUUUUCAACAUGAUGGAAUCCUCAAUAACCAUUCUUCCACUUCCUCAUUUCUCUUUUCUGAAACAUAAACCCCAUGGCCAUGGAACCACAGCUAUUGGAGCUUUUCCAUUGUUUAAACAAUGGAAGCAUACAUCAUCUCACUGUCACAGGACCACUCUUCUGAAUUGUCAAAAGAUGUAUGUCCCAGGAUUUGGAGAAGCAUCACCAGAAGCCAAAGCAGCAAAGAACCUCCACAAUUUCUUUACAUAUGUUGCUGUAAGGAUAGUCACUGCACAGCUUGAGAGCUACAACACAGAGGCACAUAAGGAGUUGAUGGAAUUUCUGGAAACACACUCUUUGAACGACGGUGAUAAGUUCUGUGCAGAAUUAAUGCGUGAAUCAUCGAGACAUAGAAGCCUAGCCAUGAGAAUAUUAGAGGUUCGAUCUGCAUACUGCAAGAGAGAUUUUGAGUGGGACAAUUUGGAACGAUUAGCUAAAAAGAUGGCUGAUGAAUCUAACACAAGACUUAUGAGGGAUUAUGUGUUGGAAACAAGCCAUGUAGAAAGUGAAAAAUGAAUCUGAUGGAUAAUACGUUAAACGUUAUAUAAGAUCAUGUCUAUUUACAUGUCAUGUAAUGCAAGCUAUUAGUAUCAUUUUACACUUCAUUCAAAUGAUAAUAACAUGUUGCAAAGUAUUUACACAAGUUGAUUACAUAGUACAUACUUGUAUG